UGCGGCGGGCGGCUCUGAAGAGGCGCCUGCGGGUCCUCCCGCGGGGCUGGGGCCUCCCAAGCCGGGUUGGGCGCGCCCAGUCCCCGCCCGGGUCCGAGCUGUCAGCCUCUCCAAGACGCGCCCUGGAGGAGCCGGGACUCGCUUAGCGCGGGGUCCAGCCGGUGCCGGUGUCCAGCUGCCAACUUUCUGUCUGGAUCUGGCUCCUCAUUUCUCAGGUCUCCUCGGACCGAAGCCCUCGGAAGGUAUGUGACAGCCAUGCCUGUGGACACGCUGACUCCCGGAGCCCGGGACGCCCCCGCCCCACCUUUCCGCCUGCGGACCAAGGUUCCCGGCUACCUGCUACGGCGGCCAGCAGACGGUGGAGUCCGGAAACCUAGUGCCGUGGAGCGCCUGGAGGCCGACAAGGCCAAGUAUGUCAAGAGCCUGCAUGUGGCCAACACGCGUCAGGAACCUGUGCAGCCCCUGCUGUCCAAACAGCCACUCUUCAGCCCCGGGACUCGCCGCACAGUGCUUACACCUAGCCGCCGAGCCCUGCCUGGCCCUGGCCGCCGGCCCCAGCUGGACCUGGACAUCCUUAGCAGCCUCAUAAACUUGUGUGAUAGUCCCGUGUCCCCUGCCGAGGCCAGCCGUACCCCCGGACGGGCAGAGGGGGCCCGCCACGCGCCUGUGGCCACCCCGCCACGUCCGCCGCCCAGUACGGCUGCGGUCCGCCGAGUGGAUGUCCGUCCGCUGCCGGCCUCACCUGCCCGGCCCGGCCCAUCGCCAGGCACUCCUGCCGCCUCCAGCCCAGCUCGGCCCCCAGGUUUGCAACGCUCCAAGUCGGACCUGAGUGAGCGCUUCUCGAGGGCAGCAGCUGACCUUGAGCGAUUUUUUAACUUCUGCGGCCUGGACCCUGAGGAGGCACGGGGGUUGGGUGUGGCCCACCUGGCCCGGGCCAGCUCGGACAUCGUGUCCCUGGCCGGGCCCAGCGCUGGGCCGGGCAGCUCCGAGGAGGGCUGCUCCCGCCGCAGUUCCGCCACCGUGGAGGAGCGCGCCCGCGAGCGCGUCCCCUACGGCGUGUCGGUGGUAGAGCGCAACGCCCGCGUGAUCAAGUGGCUGUACGGGUUGCGGCAAGCGCGGGAGACCCCAGCGGCUGAGGGCUAGGACUCCGCUGGACGGGCUUUGACAGGACAGAUCUUAGAGAGGCCUUGGCUCCUUGACUUCUCCUGCAUGCAUUCCAUGCUUUCGGGCAGACCAGAGGCUGCUGCCUUGUGUGAACUGGGAUGGAGGUAAAGCUCAGAGGCUGGACCAGCAUCCACCUGGCAAGGACUGACCAUGGAGAGUUGCCUCUUGCAUUUGGACCACCCCCUACCCCUCAUGUGUAGGGUUUUUGAUGAGUGUACCCCUGCUUGGUCCCUUUCUGGGUUUGGAUUUGGGCCACUUAGCCCUCCCCACUGCGAGUGAGGGGCCAAGAGAUCUCGCCAGGCCUGUCUGCUCAGCAGUUCUGUUUCCUUCUUCCUUCCUUGGCCUCUGUCCUUUGCUGACUUCCUCUUCCUUACCCAGUGGGCCCUGGUUCCCUGGGAACUCACCCUGUUGUGGGGGCAGGGAGAAGUGGCCUGUCCCCUGUUCUUUUCUGGCCUUUGCAGCCUGGCCUAGGUGGGUAGACUUCUGGAGGGACUGGUUAGUAGUCUCUGCUGCUCUGACUUCUCUCCUCUUGGUUAAUAAACACAAAUGCUUGUUUUUCAA